CCGCGGCCUGUGCGGUCUAGCUUUAAGGGACAUGCCCGCGGCCUGUGCGGUCUUGGUUUAAGGGACAUGCCCGCGGCCUGUGCGGUCUUGGUUUAAGGGACAUGCCCGCGGCCUGUGCGGUCUUGCUUUGCGCUUCCACAGUGGCCCGGAUUUUGAGCAUGCGCCCAAGUGAUUUUGAAAUCGCCACCCUCAACUUUACUUUUCUUUUUUUCCCUCUGAGCUAAAGCUAAUUGACAAUGGGAAGAUUUGCAGCUUGUAUCCUUGUUCUUUACGCCUUUACUGGCUUCAAGGGAACGUCCGACGGGAGAAGCUGCCCAAGGCCCGCCGGCCCCUGCUCAGCAGCGAACUACAUCCCGAUUAAAGACCCGCAUAGAAGCACAAAAUACAGAUACAAAAGACCGCAGCCCGCCUUGUGCGACUACCUCCUUCAGCCCGGAUGGUAUCGGUUCACUAGCAGUGUCGGCGGCGAGAUCCCGACCACUAAACCCGAGCCGAACAUGUGUGGAACCUUAGCGCCGAUAUGGAUGAGGGGGACCCACCCAGAAACGAUUGGGGCAACCAAGGAAACUACCGCGUGCGUUAACGUCAAUAACAGGAACAACGGCUGCUUCCGGUCUAUUGACAUGUGCGUGGAGAUGUGCAGCGGAGGGUACUAUGUCUACUAUCUUCGACCUCCUUAUGGGUGCUCAAUGGAGUACUGCGCAGGCGAUGGAAUACCCUGCGACGAAGGCUUCAGUGGACCAAAUUGCACAGCUGACGUGAAAGCCGUUUUCCCGAGUUCUCUGGUCCCCAAGCCAAAGGUGGAGCCCUUGACUACCGGCGACAGGGACCUAUUCAUGGUGUGAAACUUCACCUUUCCUCUGUGGAGUAACGUCUCCUUCAACAUCGAGUGGUACGAUGGUCCAACACUGAGUAGUAAUAUGACGUCUUGCAGGAACAAA